AUGUCUUCCGACGAUGUCCCCCAAGCGCCACAAAACAAACCGUCUACCUCAUCCUUCGCCGACGUCUUCAAGACUCUCGCGGUAGGCCGUCCCAAGUCGCAGUCACCGGUUUUACAUGCGCAGAACGCAGGAGGCGCGUUGUCACCCGAGAUGGAAGGCAGGCGAGGCAGCCGAGUAACGUUUGGAUUCGAGGCCCUUCAUCGAGGCAGCGUGGCUGCGGGUGCGUCUGAUGCAUCAAACACGCCGAGUUUCGAUACGAUCCUUCAUAAUCUGGCGGCGGACCAACCUCUCCAGAGUGCUGCCGACGAGGCCGAGAAGGCGGUACGCUAUCUACACGGGUUCAGUGGUGACCAGGUUAUCACCCUCUGGGAGCAGGCUGCCUAUCUCCUCGAUCACCCGAGUUCGUCGGAAGCACGUACCUCAGGCGGUAUUCUGCUGGAAAAUGUCUCUGCCCGCCAGGAUCUGUCACUAGCCGGCCGCAAGUCCCUCUUUCGCUCUAUCUCUCAGCCCUCGCAUCCGGAUGUCAUUGCUCGUCGAGUAAAGGCGCUUAUCUCCCUCUCAGAUUACGGGAGGAAGUUUGAUUUCACCGAUGAGCCCAUUCUACAAAUAAUUGCUGCAUGGAUUGUACCACUUUACGAACAAACCGCUGCUAUACGAUCGAGGAUUAAGCGGUCCAGAGGACAGAGACCCAGCGGUGCUACUUUCGAUGAGGCCAUCUUGGGCGAGUUGUUUCAACAUAUCGUCGAUGUCGUGACUCUACAACGCCACCCCCCUGGGCCGGAGGUUAUCGAACUCGUUCUCGACCAGAUAUUCACUGUUUGCAGAAAGACUAGUGCUGCCGUGGAUAUCAAAAAUUCCCUGGUUGUCUUCGAUGCCAUCAUCGCCACUUGUGGUGUCCCUGAUGAAAGCUUCAUUCCGUUACUCGAAGUCUUGUGCAGCAUUCACGCUUCGGUCAAGUCGUUAGCAGGCCCAACGUCAAGAGCGGUCCGAAGUCUUGCCAAGUCUAGCAAACAGUCAGAUAUGAUACAGAAUCUUCACACGUUUCUCAUGGAGACUACCGAACGGCCUGACAGGAACCUGAACGUCACACGCGGCGCUGUUGACAUUUUCCGUGAUUUACUAGUUGCAUAUGGUCAAGAUGGGAUGCCUACGAUUGACUUUGAGCCUCUCAUCGCCUCUCUGCACCAAGCUUCGCUUCGAAAAGACGGCCGCAUUGAUACAGACAUCCUAGAAGUCUGUCUUAACGUGUUACAGGGUGAAUUUUCGCAGGUCGCCCUUCAACACGACUGGUCGGAGUUUGUUAAUGUCAUGCUGGCUUGCUCGGAUCGAGCCAUCGACAUAACCGCCCCUACCUCUCCCACUUCAAACUUCUCUCCCGCCCCCCUCCCAGCGGCCUCUACUCCUCCAUCUAAAGCCUCCUUGGCAGAUGAUAUACGCUCCAACAUAAUCGCUAAUCUUACCCGCAUUUCAGCUUCUCUGGAAUCGCUUUGGCCGAAUUUGAGCAAGAAUCAAAAGCUCGAAGCAUGGCGUUUGUUGGCUGACACCCAUAGACACCUUACCCAUUCUCAGGCAGAACUAGCUAUACGUCUAUUGGGAGCCGAAAGGCUGUGCCAUCCAUCCACUUCAGACGGUUGGGUCACUUACUCCUGGAAAUUGGUGCAAGAUUACAUUUUGGACCGUGAAAAGGCCCCCGAAACUCGCAUACUUGCUUUGGCAACUUUCAGAGAUGCAUAUUUCAGUGAAAAUGCUCCAGAAUUAUAUCUCAAGGAGGGUCUUGUAAGUGCCCUUACUAAGGAUUUCACCGAAGAAGAUUCGUACCUGUUUCUUCAGGAAUUGGUGGCUUUUCUGGUGGACGGGACAGCCAGCUCAGACGACGAUACACUCAACCUCAUUGUCGAUACCCUAAGCCAGCCCAUGAAUGCCGAUGAAAAUACAGACGACAUGUCCCCUUCCGGGACCAAGCCGGUACCGCACUAUGUUCUGGCCUCGGACACGCUUGCACCGUCUCUUAGUGACGCGACGACAUGGGGACUCAUCCGCAUCUUCCUAAAGGGGCUGGAAACCAAAUCUCAAGUUGUCCUGAAAGUAUACCAGAAACUGAUAGACAUUGCGUUGUCGACAAGCCGGCCUUCUGACUCCCGUCUCUCAGCCCUCCGACUACUUUUCCGGCUUCGAUGCGAUACCUCCGGUGUUGUGCACAUCGCAUCUUUCAUAGACAAUGGCCACUUGACUGCGAGCAUGCUGCGAACUGCCGAACCAACCAAAUCGACUGCCAGUGAAGAGUCAUCUACAGAACGCUCAAAAGAUAACGAUACAUCAUCCACUCCUAAUAGCAGAUCAUCUCUGAAAGACCAUUCUGUAACCCCGAUAGGAGGUCAUGGCCAUCGUGUUAUCUCGCGACGCCCAUCGCGAUGGGUUGCACCAAUAUGGGCCUUUGAUGACCAGAGCAAGCUACCUGACAUGACGGUUCUCAAGCUAGGAAGCAAUGUUUACGCAUUUAAAGCUCAAGACAAGGAAGGAGGACAAAAGGCCGAGGAGCAAAAAGGCGAAGAGCAAAAAGACGAAGAGCAAAAGAGCGAAGAGCCAAACAACAACGAUAAACAUAAUAACACCAUCGUAUUGAAAGUGAACCUCUGGGCCGAGGCCAUCAUUGCUCUUCUUCAGCGCGAGAAAGACUGGGAUAUCUACAGCUAUGUGUCUGCUCACGUCAGUGCCCAACUUGCUAAUCGGGACUUUUUCCGUGCCGCAAUUCCUCAAAUUACGCUGCUUCGAAGUGUUUUGUGCGAGCAGAUUAAAAAUGAGAGCUUCCCUGAACCACUUGGAUGGACAGGAGUGAAAAAGAAGGAUAUCGCUAUCUGCCUCCUAGAAGCUCUGACAAUGCUUAUCAGCUUCCAUGCACACUUUGCAAAAGGCGAGCAGGACGAGCUCGUUCGCUCGUUUAUGUAUGGAAUUGGAUCAUGGGAGGGUACGUCUCGUGGAUGUAUCCACGCGCUGAGCGUGUGCUGUCAUGAAAUCCCCUUGUCGGUAACAAAGUCAUUAAACGCUAUUCUUGACAAGAUGUCUAAGGUUAUCACCCGAUCCCACAUUGCGGUUCAUAUCCUUGAAUUCCUCGCUCUACUUGCCCGUUUGCCCGAAGUUUACGUCAAUCUCCGUGAUGAAGAAAUCCGGACUGUAUUUGGUAUCUGCAUCCGUUACCUCCAGACCUCGAGAGAACAACGAUACAAGAAUAGCGAGGCUGCCAACAGCCGGUCUGCUUCCAUGACCACGCGUAUUAGCAAUGGCUCAAAAGACCCUAUUUCUAACCCACCGGCAGAGGCAGUUGACAUUCAUGGUGGGGAAAAUGCUGCCAGAUAUGUCUACCACCUGACAUACCACGUUAUGGUCUUUUGGUUCCUAUCUCUUAAGUUACAGGACCGGCCUAACCAUGUUGGUUGGAUCACGAAACGGCUGCUCUUCAAUGAUGAGCAGGGCAGAGAAGUUAUUGAAGAACAGAGCCAGGUGUUCAUCGACAUGAUGCAGCGAGUUGCAUAUUCGGACUUGGGAGACACCAUUCCAUUCGAAAAUUUCCCACCUUCGCCAUCUGACGGUCCAGUAGUGAAGAGAACUUGGAUUGUUGGUACCAGUAUUGUGACCAUCGAAACAGCAUGUGCUUCGGGUCUAAAUCAAGUCACCAAGAGACAAGCGUCUGGGACCACAUACUCCAUCUUCCAACAGCGAACUGCACCAGUCCUUCCCCAUCAGAUUCCCACUAACCCCCGCUCAUAUUCCCUCUCUGACGACCCGUCGACUCAAACUUCGGUACUGCCGAGUCAUGCUCUCUUGCAGAUGACCGCCUCUGCAUUCCCAACAGCACUCCCAUUACAGCCACUGCCGUUGCCUGAUGAUGACUUUACGCGACGAGCAAUUAGCGCCUUCGAUAGGAACAGUAUUGUCGAUGGUCAUAAGAUCGGAGUUUUGUACAUUGGUGAGGGCCAGACCGACGAGACCGAAAUUUUCGCCAACGACCACGGCAGCCCCGAUUAUGAAUUCUUCAUCGCAAGUCUUGGAACCAAAGUUUCCAUUGAGAACCCUAAGUUUAACCCUCAGGGCCUGCAUCAUGAGAGAGAUGGCAAAUAUAUCUAUGCCUGGCGUGAUCGAGUCUCUGAGAUUGUAUACCAUAUCGCUACCAUGAUGCCCACGAACCUGGAAGCAGACCCGCAAUGCGUAAACAAGAAGCAGCACAUCGGCAAUGACUUCGUGAACAUUAUCUUCAACCGCUCUGGUUCCGAGUUUGACUUCAAUACCAUCUCAACACAGUUCAACUUCGUUGAUAUUGUCAUCACGCCAGCAUCCCGAAUAGGCUCAGAAGACAAAGCAGGAAAAUUCACCGUCGACGACUUCAACCACAGGCUCUACACCGUCAAGGUUUUAAGCAAGCCUGGCAUGCCUGAAUUAUCUGCCGCGGCCAUCCCAAAGGUCAUAUGUGGGAAGAAUCUCGCUGCUUUUGUCAGAAUCAUUGGAUUGAACGCAUCUGUUUUCUCACUUGUCUGUAGCCACGGCGGCGAAUACAUUUCUUCCUGGCAGAACCGCCUGAGAGAAAUCCGUCGUCUUCGGGAUCGUGCAUACGCCUGCUAUUCCCCUGACAUCACUAGCCCAGACGCCUCCUCAAACAACCUCACAGGCAGCGGUAGUACGUACGGCGAUGGUUCAUACCCAUCCUCGCGACGCAAUACCAAACAGUAUGCCGAGGACGGCAGCCUCCGUAGUGGCCUGGGUACAGAACGCAACCUUACAAUGGACGCUAAUGCCUUCCAAUGCCUGGAUUUCUCACGCUGGACUCGCUGA